UCGAAUUCAAAUUGGAAAAUCGAGCAGAACAGCGCGAGACAUUGGCGAGUGCGGAGUCCGGAGUGCAAAGUGCGCUGUCAGAAGCGGUUGGGAAUUACAACAAGUCCAAGAAAAAAAGGGAAAAAUUAAAAGUGCAAAAUGCAAACAAGUGCAGCCAAGCAGCUGCGCCUGGAGUAAAAGUGGAGUCGGAAGCAACUCACCAAGCGGCCACUUGAGCUGCCCGAGCAACCCCCACACACCCACGCACACACAAGGAGCACACACACACAGACACACAGCCACACAGCAACCCCCAUUUGUUCUAUAUGAUUAUCGUGUUGUUGCUGCUGUUCCAAUCGCUGUGCCUCUACUGCCAACGCCUGGUGCUGCACGUCCACGACAGAUGCUUUCCGCGGAACGCCCGCUUGCUGCAGGAGUCCGCCGAAACGGUGGGCGAUCGUAAGGCGCUGCAGCACCUGGAGCACCUGCAGCUGGAGCAGAGCCGACGGCGCCACAAGCGUCGCAUACUGGAGCCCAUUCUGCCGCUGGGCGCGGGGCUCAAUCUGGAAGCGUGCCGCUUCUGUGCGCACAGUCCGCAGGGCUAUUGUCGGCAUCAUUUCCAUCUGCAGCUGCAUACGCAGCGGCGCAACGGCGGCGGCGCCGGCGGCACUGGCAGCGGCGGCGACCAGGACUUCAAGCAACUGCGCAGGAUCAGGCGUGAGCUGAAGCGCAGUCUCGAGCCAAGAAGCAGCCAUCGCAUCAUCAAUUAUCUACCAUACAGUCGCAGCACGAGCUCGCUGAGCAGCGGCUACGGCUCUCAGGCAACUUUACAGGAGGAGCUGGAGGAGACGUCCAGCUAUCUGGUAGAGGGGCUGGAGGAGACGUCCAGCUAUCUGGAAGAGCAGCAGCAGCAGCAGCGGGAAGAAACGUGCAGCAGCUAUCUGCAGGAGCUGCAGGAGGACGUGCAGCAGGAAGUGCAGGUGGAACAACUUUUGAUAACCAGCCAUCUCUAGAGCAGUAGCAGGAGCAGAUCUGUAGCAGCUAUUAGAAAGAGCAGUAGUAAGAGAAGGAGCUGACGUAUAGUAGCUAUCUGGAGGAGCAGGAGGAGGCACAA